CAUAUCUGCUAUACGUGCAAGUGAACAAACCGUUGCAGUGUAUCGCGUUAUUUUUCUUAAUUUAUUGAAGACUAUAAAGUUUUAUAUUGUGCCGGAAAGAAUUAAUUUAAUUCCCGCGACGGUGUCACCAUCAACCCAACCACAGAGGAAAUAGAUAUUCCGAAGUGUUGUAGCCGAGCAGCGUGUUGGCGUUGAACUUGCACCCCGCAUCACGGCCGCGUGACGUCGUCGUGACGUGUCGUGACGUAUGGCAGAUAGGGCGAGCUACGCGUACGACCCGGUCGGGACCGGAGCAGUCAGUCAGCAGCACAGGAUGGAGGCGGGACAGUUGUGGCGGCAGUAUGUCAUCGCCGGCAUCGCGAACAUCGCGAUCGCGUCCACUGGAUAUUCGAUGGGAUGGACAUCUCCAGUGAAUAUAAAAUUACAAGACAAGAAUGCGACCGACUCCCCAUUGCCUGAACCACUAUCGCCGGAUGAAUUAGCCUGGGUUGGAUCACUGCUUCCAGUUGGUGCUAUAUUUGGGCCUUUCAUCGGUGGUUUAGCGGCAUCAAAGAUAGGUCGCAAAUGGGGUCUAAUGAGUUCCGCUAUCCCACUAUUCGUGGGCUGGAUUCUAGUCGCCGUGGCCAAGAACGUGGGCUACCUUUACGCCGGACGGAUAUUCUGGGGCAUUGCUGUGGGCAUGCUCUUCACUAUAUCGCCAAUGUAUUGUGCCGAAAUCGCCACUAAUGAAGUCCGCGGUGCACUGGGUUCGUUCCUGCAAGCAUUCAUCACUCUCGGCUUCUUGUUGGUAUACGGAAUAGGUCCCUUCGUCUCAUACAACGUAGUAGCGUAUGUGGGCGUCGCGUUUGUAGCAGUCUUCAGUAUCUGCUUCUACUUCAUGCCUGAAUCACCGAUGUAUCAUCUUAUUAAAAGUGAUCGUGAGUCAGCUGCGGAAUGUUUGAUGACAAUCCGCGGUAGAUCCCGCACUGGUAUUGAGACGGAACUCAACCAGAUCGCGGCAGACGUCAACGCUUCUAUGGAGAAAACCGCCACUUUGGCAGACGUGUUCCGCGGCAGUAACUUCAAAGCUUUUUACAUCUCUUGCGCGCUGGUAUUCUUCCAGCAGUUCAGUGGUAUAAACGCUGUUCUGUUUUACAUGAACACAAUCUUCAAAGCAGCUGGGUCUGAUUUAGAUCCAUCCAUUGCUACUAUCAUUAUUGGUGCGGUGCAGGUCGUGGCAUCAAUGAUUACGCCAUUGGUGGUAGACAGGCUUGGUAGAAGAAUUCUCUUGUUAGUCUCUACAUGCGGAACCGCCAUUGGUUUGGCUCUUUUAGGUAUGUACUUCCUGCUCAAUUCACAAAACAGUCCAGUGGUAUCCAGCAUUGGGUUCUUACCUAUCCUCUCCCUGGUCUUGUUUAUCGUCACUUACUGCUGGGGUCUGGGCCCUCUGCCCUGGGCGGUGAUGGGAGAACUCUUACCCAUUGAAGUUAAAGCCGUCGCCUCACCGAUAGCUACUGCUUUCUGCUGGAUCAUGUCUUUCUUGGUUACCAGGUUCUUCGAGCCGAUCGCUGAAGCUGUGGGCAUGUACGUGGCAUUCUGGAUAUUUGGUGUUUGCUGUGUGUGCGGAUUCUUCUUCACAUUGUUCCUGGUGCCGGAGACCAAGGGUAAAAGUCUGCAGGAAAUUCAAGAGAUAUUGGCUGGCGGGAAAUCAAAGCCCGAGAAAGCUUAAUCCUUGAAUAUAAUCUGUGGAGUUUGAAAUACAGCGAAUUAUAGAUAAUAUAUUAGUGAAAUUAGCAUAUAUUUUGUAUUACUAUUUUUUCUAUUGUGGUUAUUGUGUGUGGUCAAAUAUAUUUAUACCGUUUUUUUAUAUAAGAAUAUAUCUUAAGUGUUACAAAAAACAGUGUGAUUGAUCAAUUUCUAUUAGCAGUAUUAAUUAUUAUGCUUCUUAUUUAAAUAGUCGUUGCUAUAAAAUUCAAUUACAAAUAUUUUUGAUCCAAAUAUAUCUCUAGUUAACAAUACAGUAAUGUCAUCUUAAUUUUUUUAUAACUUAAUUUAUAUUUUUGUGUGUUUAUUUAAUUACUUAUUUAUUUUUUACAAGAAAAUAGUAGCCAAAUUGUCAAGUCAGGGACUAAUUUAAAAAAAAAAAAAAACUAUAAACGCUGAUUCGUAUGAGCGCUUUUUAACGACAUGUUAAGGUUGGCAGCUCUUUAACGAUGAACGUUUUAAAUUCAGAGUUCCGUUCAUACAACGUUGCGCAAAAAUAGCGUCGCGUUUUUAACGGACGUUAUUAAAAGCGCUCAUACUAAUCAGAGCUAAAGUUAGCAAAAUAUAAUUUAUUUAUAAAUUUUAAUAGCUAAAUUAUAUUUAAUUUAUUUGCUUGAUAAUCAAAUAUAACCCAG